GGGAUGUGGAGGCUGCAGUGACAGGAAUCUCCGCCUCCCGGGAGUCCUUGUGUUUCUGGAUUACCUUUAGCUGAACGAGCAGACACAAAGGUGCAAUUGGGGCAGUGCAUGGUCUUCUCUCCCUCAAACUCUCACCUUGACCCCUGGCUUCAGCAUCUUGACUACCUCUGACCUGUAAACCUGACCUGAUCAAAGCACAGUUAUCAUGGCGGCAGCGAAGCCCAAAGGGCAGAACUCGCUGGCUCUCCACAAGGUGAUCAUGGUGGGCAGCGGCGGCGUGGGAAAAUCUGCUUUAACUCUGCAGUUCAUGUAUGAUGAGUUUGUGGAGGACUACGAGCCCACGAAAGCGGACAGCUACAGGAAAAAGGUGGUUCUGGAUGGAGAGGAGGUUCAGAUAGAUAUUCUGGACACGGCCGGACAGGAGGAUUACGCUGCGAUCCGGGAUAAUUAUUUCCGCAGCGGGGAGGGAUUCCUCUGCGUUUUCUCCAUCACUGAACUAGAGUCUUUUGCAGCAACUGCGGAUUUCAGGGAGCAGAUCCUGCGGGUGAAGGAAGAUGAAAACGUGCCCUUUCUUUUGGUGGGAAAUAAAUCUGAUCUGGAGGACAGAAGACAAGUGAGCGCCGACGAGGCCAAAGCCAGAGCGGAUCAGUGGGGCGUUUGCUACGUGGAGACGUCUGCUAAGACACGCGCUAAUGUAGACAAGGUCUUCUUUGACCUCAUGAGGGAAAUCCGCGCCAGGAAGAUGGAGGACAGCAAGGAGAAGAACGGCAAGAAGAAGAGGAAAAGUCUGGCCAAGCGAAUCCGCGAACGAUGCUGCAUUUUAUAGUCUCCGUGCUGGUUUUCUCCCUACUUUUGGCAGAUGUAUGUGUAUGUUCUCUGUUUCUGCUGCCAGUAAUCCUCAUCUGCGGUGUCUCCUGCUGUUUGUGUGUCAGAUGUGGGCUUCUCUGAAGGACCAGGACAGUCUGAACUCUUAGAUCGAUGCGGUAGAGUCUCUUUUAUUCAGUAAUAUUGUCCAGAAGCGCAGGACUCGGCCGGUCUGUGUGGACUCGCUUCCAUAAACCUCCUGUGCAACACGCAGAUCUGACAGCUUUUUUAUUUCAUUCACGUGUCAGAUUUUUGUUUUACGGGCUGUCAGGCCACCAAUUUGAGUUGAAUGGCUGUGUUUUAACAUCAGUCUUGAGUGAUCCAGUGUCGGAUUAAUAAAUAGAGAUG